CUGGGUCCUGGCUGUUGCCUGCACGUUCUAUCUGCGCAUGACAAAUUACACGUGCAUCGGCUGCGGGUUAUGGUGGCGAGCUCCAUGUUUACACUUUCAUCACUUACUUUCUAGGCAACUGAGAUAUUUCCGACCUGGUUUAUAAACAUAUAUUUUUUGUAAAUGGGAGGCCUUCAAAAGAAAAAGUUCGAGAGGGGCUCCGCCACCAACUACAUCACCAGAAACAAGGCUCGGAAGAAGUUACAGCUGAGUCUGCCGGAUUUCAGACGCCUGUGCAUCCUCAAAGGCAUCUACCCCCAUGAGCCCAAGCACAAGAAGAAGGUGAACAAGGGCUCCACGGCGCCCAGGACCUUCUACCUGCUCAAGGACAUCCGCUUCCUGCUGCACGAGCCCAUCGUUGGCAAGUUCAGAGACUACAAGGUAUUUGUACGAAAGCUCAGGAAGGCCUAUGGAAAAUCUGAAUGGACCUCGGUGGAGAGGUUGAGGGAGAACAAGCCGACCUAUAAAUUGGAUCACAUCAUCAAAGAGAGGUACCCGACCUUUAUUGACGCUCUCCGUGACAUCGAUGAUGCUCUGUGCAUGUGCUUCCUCUUCUCCACCUUCGCCCGCACAGGAAAGUGCCACGUCCAGACUAUCCAGCUCUGCAGACGCCUCACUGUAGAGUGGAUGAACUAUAUAAUCACAUCUCGUGCGCUCAGAAAGGUUUUCCUCUCCAUCAAGGGAAUCUAUUACCAAGUUGAGGUCAUGGGACAGCUCAUCACAUGGCUGGUGCCCUACCAGUUCGCCCAUGAUCACCCUACAGAUGUGGACUACAGAGUAAUGGCGACAUUCACAGAGUUGUACACCACCCUCCUGGGCUUUGUCAACUUCCGUCUCUACCAUUCCCUCAAUCUGGUUUACCCCCCAAAGCUCGAUGGCAAGGCUGAGGCAGAGCUGAAGGAAGAGGAUGAGGAGGGCUAUGCCAUGAACUCUGAAAGCUACUCAGAGAAACUGUCGGCCCUUGGCGGCAGUCUGGCCCGGGUGGUUUCUGCAGGAGAGGAGGAGGAGGCAGAGGUGGACCAGUUCCCUGUUGAAGGGGAGGACAUGGAGAAGAUGGAGGCUAGAGAAAAGGAGCAGAAAGAGCUGGAGGCCCAGAAAAGGCUUUUUGAAGGGCUCAAGGUCUUCCUCAACAGAGAAGUACCCAGAGAGUCACUGGCUUUUAUCCUCAGGUGUUUUGGUGCUGAGGUGUCAUGGGACAAGUCUGUUUGCAUUGGUAGCACAUUUGAUGUGACCGAUGAGACAAUCACUCAUCAGAUUGUGGACAGACCCAACGCUGAAAAGCAGUACAUCAACAGGUACUACAUCCAGCCCCAGUGGGUGUACGAUUGUGUCAAUGCCAAAAUACUCCUGCCUGUGCAGGACUACUUCCUUGGAGUGACCCUGCCCCCCCACCUGUCUCCGUUCGUGGAGGAGAAGGAAGGAGACUACAUUCCCCCAGAGAAACUGAAGAUCAUGGCCUUGAAACGCGGAGAAAAAUCCGCACAAGAGGAAGAAGAAGAGGAGGAGGAAGAAGAAGAAGGAGAAGGAGAGGAGGAGGAGGAGGAUGAGGAUGAAGAUGCAGAGGAGGAUGAAGAUGAGGAGGAGGAGGAUGUGGCAGAGGAGAUGAAUUUGAAGAAGAUGGAAAAGCAGCGAUCCCAGGGCAAGUCUCUUUCAGUUAAAGUCACUCCUGGAAAAGUGAAGGCAGAAAACCCAGCACGAUUGGAGCAGGAGGAGAAAGCAGAGGAGAAACGUCUGGCCAUCAUGAUGAUGAAGAAGAAGGAAAAGUACCUUUACGACAAGAUCAUGUUUGGGAAGAAGAGAAAAAUUCGAGAGGCAAACAAGCUCGCCGCCAAGAGAAAGGCUCAUGAUGAUGCAGAGAAGGUAGCGAAGAAGAAAAAGGCAAAGAAGCAAUAAUCAUACUGCUGUUUGUAAUGGACUGACCUUUUGUAUGUAACUUGAUGAGGCUGAAUACGUGACUGAUUAAUAUGUCACGAAACUUGUAUCAUAGGGCUCUGGCUGAGCUCCGUGCAGCACGAUAUGGGUGUAUUUGGUCAUGCAUGGAACAGUGAAAAUUAAAUGUGUAAUAUAAAUGUGACAGUAGUUUCAGAAAUGGUCUGCUGUUCUGUGUAUGUACUCUACGAUUGUUCACUAACACAAGAAAUUUCCUCUUUUAAGUCUGUACAUUAAACCAUGAUCUGUGUUUUACAGUAAAACAUUUGCUUAACACAA